CACCUGAAUUCCGGCGUGCCCGCCCUUUUCCCCAUUCCACUCCCGGUCGCUCUCUCCCUCUCUCUCUCCUCGCGAUCCGCCGAAACCCUAGGAAAACCCCAGGGAGGCCGGGAUGCUGCACGAGCUCCUCCUCGCCCUCCUCGGCUUCACCGGCGACUUCGUCCUCGACUCCUCCUCCUCCGCCCGCCGCCGCUCCUCGUCCGCCGAUGCCGUGGGCGCCGGCGACGGCGAUGUGGGCCCCGCCUUCCGCCUGGCCCCCGACCUCACAUUCCUCCAGCCGUCGGAGAGGAGUGCUAUUGAAAGGCUCAUUUCUCUGGGCUUCUAUUACAGAGAACUGAACCGUUUUGCGACAGAGUCUCGUGAUCUGAGCUGGAUUCAGCCUUCUGUAGAUGUUUCUUCACCUCAUGCUGAUGUAACUCUGAAGGGCAAAGUGAGAAAAGGGAGUUCAUACCGAAGGGCAAUUGCCAAUGGUAUUGCUGAGAUUUUGUCAGUUUAUAGAUCAGCUGUCCUGCAGGUUGAGCAAAACCUGUUGUCAGAUCCAUUGCCUAUCCUGGCAACAGUAACCCAUGGGCUAAAUAAGUUUGAGGUUCUUCUACCUCCACUUUAUGAGCUUGUUAUGGAGAUCGAGCAGAAGGACAUCAAGGGAGGACAGCUUCUUAACCUAUUGCAUAAACGAUGCCAUUGUGGGGUUCCAGAACUGCAAAGUUGUAUUCAGAGGCUCCUUUGGCAUGGACACCAGGUCAUGUUUAACCAACUGACUUCUUGGAUGGUUUAUGGUAUUCUUCAAGAUCAGUAUCACGAAUUUUUCAUUAGAAGACAGGUUGACAGGGAUGUGGAGAAUGAAUCAUCUCAGACAGAUGUUGCUGAUAAGGUUGCACAGAAAUUAGCAAAAGAUACAUCCCUGACUAGUUGGCACUCUGGAUUUCAUUUAUCGUUGGACAUGCUGCCUGAGUAUAUCCACAUGCGAGUUGCAGAAUCAAUUCUCUUUGCUGGCAAAGCAAUAAGGGUUCUUAGAAAUCCUAGUCCUGGUGCUACAUUGCAGGACCCCAGUGUCUUGAAAGGAUCUCAUAGAACCCAAAGUUCUACAGGGGGUUCUGGUGCUCCGAAAGAGCUGCCAAACUUCUCUACCAUUAGUGCAGAAGAAUUGUUGCCACAGGCUGAAGCAGAUAAAGUUGAUGCCAUGCUCAAGAACCUAAAGCAUUCUUCUGAGUUCCAUAAAAGGUUGUUUGAGUCUGCUGUUAGCUCAAUACGCACAAUUGCAGCAAAUCAUCUUUGGCAGCUAGUGGUUGUACGUGCUGAUCUCAACGGUCACUUGAGGGCACUUAAAGAUUAUUUUCUUUUAGCAAAAGGUGAUUUUUUCCAGUGUUUCCUUGAGGAAAGCCGCCAAUUAAUGCGCUUACCACCUCGUCAGUCUACAGCGGAAGCUGAUCUCAUUGUUCCAUUUCAGCUGGCUGCGCUGAAGACAAUAGGCGAUGAAGACAAAUACUUCCACAGGGUCUCCCUAAGGAUGCCGCUGUUUGGCAUGAAAUCCAGUACCUCACAGAAAGAUCUUCAGAAGCCCAAUACUUCAGAGCUUUCCUCUCAAGGAAAGGCUAGCUCAGAAUUGGCACUUGACGGGUGGCAUAGUAUUACUCUGGAAUAUUCUGUCGAUUGGCCACUACAGCUCUUCUUUACUCCUGAUGUUCUUUCUAAGUAUCGCAAAGUUUUUCAGUAUCUUAUCCGAUUGAAGAGGACGCAAAUGGAGCUGGAGAAAUCCUGGACAGCUGUAAUGCAUCAAGAUCAUGUUGAUUUUUCUGAUUAUUGCAAGGAUCGGAAAAAUUCCUCUGCAACACAACUGCGUCGUCUACGCACUAAACCUUUCUGGCGAGUACGGGAGCAUAUGGCAUUCUUGAUCAGAAACCUGCAGUUCUACAUACAGGUUGAUGUAAUUGAGUCACAGUGGAAUGUUUUACAAGCUCACGUGCAAGAUUCACAUGAUUUUACUGAACUGGUGACCUUUCAUCAAGACUAUUUGUCAGCAUUGAUUUCACAAUCCUUCUUGGAUAUAGGAUCAGUGUCUAGAAUACUGGACAGCAUAAUGAAGCUCUGCUUGCAGUUCUGCUGGAGUAUCGAGCAAUAUGAAACAGGCUCAAACAUGUUUGAGAUUGAUCACAUAACUGAGGAGUUCAACAAGAAAUCAAAUUCGCUGUACACUAUCCUAAGGAGUAGUCGCCUUGCAGGAAGUCAGAGAGCACCUUUCCUGAGGCAGUUUCUGAUGAGGCUGAACUUCAACUCUUUUUUCGAGACCACAGCGAGGGGAGUAAUGAAUUCAGGCAGGCUGCGGCCAAGCACUGCGAGUACCCAGUUGUAAAGCCUCUAACCAUCUGUUCUCGCCAUUUGAGAAUUACACGAAGAUGAUGAUGCUACCAACUGCAAUGGGCGACGCCGCCACACAGAGAAGGGAAGGAAGAGUCUGUAGCACCCUGUAAAUUAUCCGUAGCGUGUGAAUUGUUUACCCUGGUAAGUAAACACCAGGCGAUGUUGGCUCCUGCUGAUGUUCAUUGCUGGUUUUUUGUUUUGUUUUGCGAUCAUGAUCGCUCCUUGGUGUGGCUAACGGAAGGAGUGUGAUUGGCUAACUGCUUUGGGCAUAUUAUGCAGAAACUCAUUUUGAUGUGUAUUGCGUGUUUGUUCAAUCGCACUUGUUGCCAUGU